AUGGCAUCCCAAUUGGGCAUAAAGCAGCCCAAGGCCAAGCUUGUUACGGGAACGAUUGUCAUGGUUGAUAAUGCUGACAAGCUGAUAAUAUCACCUUCAACUCAUGACACAGUGUCCUUAAAGAGGACGGAAGAAGGAAUUAUCCUAAAUCCACAACCACAUGAAAAUCCAAAUGAUCCACUUAAUUGGCCGUUAUGGAGAAGAGAUUUAUGUAUGGCUAUCAUAGGUAUCCAAAGUUUUUUAGGAGGUGGUCAAACUCCCAUCUUAGCAGCUGGAAUGCUGGGAUUGGUAAAUGAAUUACAUAAACCUCUAUCUGUCGUCUCCUAUUUAGUUGGUGGAUUCAUGUUGGCAAUGGGAGUUGGCUCUGUGUUUGCGUGUCCCACUGCUGUAUUAUAUGGAAAACGGCUAGUAUACUUAUUAGGUAUUCUAUUGUUUUUGAUUGGAUCCUUGUGGGCUGGAGGUUCCCAAAGUUUUGGGAGUUUAAUGGGAGCAAGGGUAAUAACAGGUAUUGGAGCUUCACCCACCGAGUCACUACCAUCCGCUACGAUUGCAGAGAUCUAUUUUGCUCAUGAAAGGGCUUACAGAGUGGGAAUAUACACGAUGUUGAUGUUGGGAGGCAAAAACAUUGUUCCACUUUUGUCGGGCUUAGUUUUUCAAUAUUUAGAUAGGCAUUGGCUCUUUUGGAUUCUCAGUAUGUUUCUAGGCACAAAUUUAGUUCUUACCUUUUUAUUUGUUCCUGAAACAUUUUGGGAUAGGUCGCCAACUCCAAGUAAAAGAUCAAAGGAAGAAACCGAAGCAGCUCAAAAUGUGGCUGACUAUCAUCCGCCAUCUGAACGUCCUAACGCAUUCGCAUUAAGAAACAUUACAUCAAAUAGCAGCAUGGUAAGUACUAGUCUCUCGUCAAGUAUUGGAUACCCAGAUGCGAAUGGAGAAACUCCGGUAGGGAUCACUGGUGGUCCAGUCAAUACAAACCAUCCUGCAGAGUCCAAAAAAACAUUUAUUCAAGACAUAUCGCUUCACUCAGGCAGGCACACAAAAGAUAGCUGGUGGAUGGUAGCAUUGCGACCUUUUUUCUUAUAUACAUAUCCGUCUGUGUUAUUUGGAUCACUCAUAUAUUCGUUGGCAGUAGUUUGGUUGAUUGUGAUUUCUGAAACUAUUUCAGAAAUAUUCAGGGGCGAGGGUUACAAUUAUGAUCAAAAGACUGUUGGAUUAUUCUAUAUAUCGCCAUUCUGCUUUGGCAUUUUGGGAUCUCUAUCUGCUGGACUUAUAAGUGACAGGGCAAGUAGAUAUAUGGUGUCAAAGAACGGUGGUAUUUACGAACCUGAAUUCAGAUUAAUUAUGAUAAUCCCAUCAACGUUUUUCAUUACGAUUGGAUUGAUGGGAUUUGGAUGGUCAUCUCAUAUAAAGGAUCUUUGGAUUGGACCGAUAUUAUUCUUUGGAAGUGUCAGCUUUGGAUGCUCUAUGGCAAGUACGACGGCAAUAACUUUUGCAAUUGAUUCUUAUAGAGUAUUUGCGGCUGAAUCGUUAGUAUCUUUCAAUUUUUUAAAAAACCUUUUAGGUUUUAUAUUUUCAUUGUUCAACACAAAUUUCUUUCAUGCUAGAGGCGGGAAAACAACAUUCAUCACAUAUGGCGCUGUACAAUUAUUCAUCAGCUUAUUCGCGAUACCCUUAUAUAUUUAUGGUAAACGGAUACGUAGCUGGACCGAUGAGAAAGAAUUACUAAGAUGGCUCUAUUAUGUUGAAAAGGAAAAUUCAACAGCAAAUAAUAAUGAUAAAUAUGAAGUUAGAGAGAUGAACUCAUCUAACAGAUGA